AUGUGUGUACUAUACUCCUACCUCCCAUAGCUAAUAGUGUGCUACCUGCAGUCGUGUGCACUGGCUGGCCCAGGAAUGUGAUGGGGGAUGUGGCCUUUGCAAUGGAGAUGAUGUCUUGUGAAGCAUCCAGGCAAUUGCUCAGUAGAUAGCGCAAACACAAGUUAGGCUUUAUCUUCCGUAUAGACUGACUGGCGGACAGCUACGUCUGACUAGCUGCAUCCUUAUUCACCACAGAAAGCAGAUACAGGUCACCUCCCAGGGAUGCUGAGCGGGAAUGGGAGCCCAUGCUGGCAUCUGGAGGUUCGGCUGGCACUUCUGUCUCCUCCUAUUGUCCCAGGUCCGCACAUCCACAUCCGGGGACUGUAAGGGACAACGCACCGUGCUGCACAGUUUGCCAGGAUUUGUAAGUGACGGUCCAGGAAACUAUUCAGUCAACGGCAACUGCGAGUGGUUAAUAGAAGCUCCCAACAGCAAUUACCGUGUGCUGCUUCGGUUCCUGUUUAUGGACACAGAGUGUACCUAUGACUACCUCUUUGUGUAUGAUGGAGACUCCUAUAGUGACCGCCUGUUGGCCAGUCUUAGCGGGAGCAGUCUGCCGCCCACCUUGGAGGCCACUUCUGGAAAGAUGCUCCUUCAUCUCUUCAGUGAUGCUAACUAUAACCUACUGGGAUUUAACGCAACAUACACCUUUUCUCUGUGCCUCCAUGGGUGCUCAGGGCACGGGACGUGCCAGGAAAACGCCCAGUGUUUGUGUGACCCUGGCUGGAUAGGUGAGGGCUGUCAAAUCUCUGAUUGCAGCACCUACUGCAAUGUCCACCAUGGAACAUGUAGCCAGGAGACUCAUCGCUGUGUAUGUUUUCCCGGGUACAUGGGGGAGCGUUGUGACCUGUCGCUGACUGACAAUCAGGGAUCUGGCCACUGGUACAAUGUGAGCAGUCAGGAUCCGUCCUUCUCCCCCCGCACUGCAGCUGCCGGAGCCUUUCUGCCCCCCACCAAUGCACUUUACAUAUUUGGAGGUCUGGAUCUGAAUUCCCCUCUUCCAGAUCUGGUUAUCUAUAACUUCACAUCAAAUACCUGGGAGAGAAGAAGAAUCACCCCUAGCCCGGCUCCACGGCACUCCCACGUGGUAGUGGAGUGGAAUGGGACCCUAGUUUUAUUUGGUGGGGAGUUGUCUAACGGGAGACUGACUGAUGAUACCUGGGUCUUUCUGCCCCUGGAGGAACGCUGGACCGAGCUGAGCAGGUACAGCUUCCUGCGGCCCCCUCCUCUGGCUAACCACGCAGCCGCCACGGUAGACAACUGGUUGUACGUGUUCGGAGGUCGCACAUCUCGUGACGUCUUUUCCUCCAGGAUGUACCGCUUCAACCUCCACUCCUGGGAGUGGGAGCAGGUUUUCCCGGCUGGAGGGAAGCCACCAGCUGCAGCUGGCCACUCUAUGGUGUUUCACGCUGCGUCCCGAUCGCUGCUGGUUUAUGGUGGUCACCGGCCCUCCACUGCACGGUUCAGUAUACGUGUUAAUACUACAGAUCUGUUUCAUGUGGAUUUAAAUUACUGGACCACUCUUAAGCCCCGAGACGGAACCCGUGGCGGCCCCCGUGAGAGAGCGUUCCACAGUGCCAGUGUCAUAGGAAACUAUAUGGUGAUAUACGGAGGGAACCUACACAUCCACUAUCAGGAGGAGAAGUGUUAUGAUGAAGAAAUAUUCUUUUACCAUCUUGGCUGUCACCAGUGGGUUCCCAGCGAUAUUCUGAACCAGAUCAUGCCACCCCAUCAGGGGCCUCAGACAUUGGGUGGUGGUCGUUAUUCCCAAGUAGCAGCUGUAAUAAAAGGUGGUGUUUUACUAGUGGCUGGAGGGUAUAGUGGGACUCCACGUGGAGACCUUCUCGCAUACAAAGUGCCCGUAUCGGUCUACCAGCCCCCUGUGCAAGAUUAUCACCUGGAUUUCUGCUCCAUGUAUGCGGAGGAGAUGAUUUGCUCCAGGGAUCCAGAGUGUACAUGGUGCCAAUCCAACUGCCAGACGCCCCAACCCAAUAAAAUUUGCCCAGACAAGAGCUGCCUAGGCCUGGCACGACUCCUCUCUGACUGCCAGUCCUGUCUGACAUUCAGCACCAACAUGACGACCUCCUCUCACAUACCGCGCUCCUUUGGGUGGUGUGUCCAGAAUGAAACCUGCAUGCCGAUUUCAGAGCGUUCCACUUGCCGGGUAGGGCAGAUUUCAGGGAUGCACGGCUGGUGGGGAACCCAAAACACAUUUAUCACUUCUCUGGAUGGCUGCCGGACCAACAACUUUCUACCUGGCCUUCACUUGAUCACCUAUCAGCAGCCGCGAAAUGAAUCUCAGCCUGACCGGGUGUCCAUUGUGCGUAGCACAACGAUCACACUCAGUCCCAGCACGGAGAUGGACGUGUCACUGGUAUAUAAAGGGUUCAUAUACCCCAUGCUGAGCCCAGGCCCCUCUCCUGAUCGCGUCUCUAUCUGGGCUCGCAUCCAGCGCUUCUAUGUUGUGGCUCGUCUUGGACGAUACCCUGGCAGCACAUACAACCUGGAGGAGGUUGGCCGCUGGUCUGUGCACCAGGAUAAGGAGCGGCGAGCACUGCAGCGGAACAGUGGCGAGCGGUUGUUCCCGAGCGCAGAGCGGGGGAGCCGUUAUGCAGUACAGAUUGAGGGUUAUCUCAAUAAUACGGGCAAUGGGCACAUGAGCGAGCUCAGCCUGACGUGGGACCGCACGGGCGUCCACGGUGGAAGUGAGAUUUCUUUCCUGUUUUUGGAGCCCCAUCGUUCCGAUGAUUGCUUCUACCACUCCUGCUUGGCCUGCUUGGCAGAUCAGAGUUGCGGCUGGUGUGCCAAGACCCGGGCAUGUUACCACAGACUGGGAAGCGAGUGGGCAAAAUACUGUCAGGACACGCCCCUAAUUCUGUCGCCGAGCAAUUGCCAGCUGUGCGAGGAAUACCGUGACUGUGAAGCCUGCAGUAGGGACCAGUACUGUGAGUGGCAGAUACACAGCAGUAAGAAGGGGGACUCUCUGUGCAGCCGCAGAGGACGAGUGAGCGGUUCUAUACGGACUCCAGGCGACUGUCCCCGUGCCUGCAAUCAGCGCAGAACGUGCUCAGAGUGCCUCUCCAACUCCAGUCACUGUGCCUGGUGCCAGUCCACAAAGAGCUGCUUCUAUUUUGCUGCUUACCUCGCUAAGUAUCCUUAUGGUGACUGUAGGGACUGGUAUGACAGUGUCCACUCUGUCCCUCAGUGCAUGGAUUGCUCCAGGUUUAACACGUGUCGUGAGUGUUUGCAGAAUUUUGAAUGCGGCUGGUGCGGGAACAUUGAUAAUCCCACAGUGGGAAGAUGCUUCUCAGGUGAUUACUCUGGUGUCCGAGGCGUCUCCAACUGCUCCGGCGCACUCUCCGUAUCAGGGCUUGCAGUUGAGCCUGCUCAGUGGUCCUAUGCCUUUUGUCCAGAUGUUGAUGAGUGCCGUCUGGGAAUGGCCACCUGUCACAAACACGCCACCUGUAGGAACACACCGGACUCUUAUGAGUGUCACUGUAACCGUGGAUAUACAGGGGAUGGCGUCACCCACUGCAACCAAACAUGCUAUAAUGAGUGCUCCCAUGGCACUUGUAGCGGGCCGCCUUUCUACUCUUGUCUGUGUGACCUCGGGUGGACGUCCAACCACACAACGGUGACUGAGAGUGGAGUGGAGUGUAGCGUGGACUGCGGGUGUCACUUCCAUAGCUCCUGCACCCACGGGCCGGGGAUCUGUGAUGCCUGUCAGGAUUGGACACAAGGAGCGCAUUGCCAAGAGUGCCAAGCUGGAAGCUUCGGAAGUGCCACCCAGAAGCCGGGGUGCCAGGAAUGCGCCUGUAACAAGCAUGGGACUGCUGAGCUGGGCUACUGUGAUCGUGAGACGGGGGUGUGUUACUGCACAGACAACACGCAAGGAGAACACUGUGAGAAAUGUGCACCCGGAUAUUACGGAGAUCCCAGGAACGGGGGGACUUGUUACCUGGAGUGUCAGGGUCGUCAGCUGCUUUCCCGCCUCUCUUCCUCUGCGCUCGGCUCCCCUGGAGGCUCGUACUGUCUGUGGGUGCUGAGCGUGUCUUCCCACACUGAUCCCUGUCACCCUGAGGAUAGCUGCCCGCGGCUCAGUCUCACUCUGCAGCCUGACUUCAGUAUACCCUGCACGCACAGCUACGUUUAUGUCUUUGAUGGGAUUCCGGCUUUCCUAGACACAGGGCUCUUGCAGUCAGAUCGCAGCCUUUUGGGGGCAUUUUGUGGGCGGGGGCAAGGCGAAACGCCGCUUACUGUGGAGGCAACAACAGGUGUCCUCGUGGUAUAUUAUGAAGCAAACAAUACUGAGCCGUCCGGCUUUAAUGCCACUUAUACUGUGCAUGAAUGUUACCCACCCUGUGGACUCAACAAGGUGUGCAGAGGUCAGACCUGCGUCUGUAGGAGCCCCCUGAGUGGUCCAUAUUGUCUGCGCAAUGUGUGCCCUGGAAACUGCUCUGCUGGGGAUGGGAAAGGAGUCUGCAACCAGACCCUUGGAUUGUGCUUUUGUUCUCCUGGUUAUGCCGGCGAUGACUGCUCCGUUCAUUUGGACUCUGGGAAGAUUGUGUGGGAAAGUCUGAUGGAUCCUCAGCUCACAGCAGACACAGCUAGUCGCUUCCUGCAUCGACUGGGUCACACCAUGGUGGAAGGUCCAGAUAACACUCUGUGGAUGUUUGGGGGGCUAUCAUUAAGAGAUGGAGUACUUGGGAGCGUUUAUAGGUACUCCAUCUCUGAACGGCGCUGGACACAGAUGUUGGCUGGCACAGAGGGAGGAGGUCCUGGCCCAAGUCCUCGCUACUUCCAUGCAGCUGCAUACAAUGGCAUGCGGAAUGCCAUGUACAUCCUGGGUGGUCUCACAAGUUAUGGAGCCUACAAUGACUUCUGGGUGUUAAACCUCACUACUCUGCAAUGGAGAAGCGAAUCGGAUUUUCUUUUGCCCUCUGUGGCUGGUCACACACUCACUCCUCGCCGCGGAUCCUCGCUAGUCCUGAUUGGUGGAUAUUCCCCAGAGAAUGGGUUUAACAACCGUGUUCUAGAGUACAACAUUGAGUUAGAGAGCUGGAAAGUGGGGCAGCAUACCGGCACGCCACCUACUGGUCUGUACGGCCAUUCUACUGUGUACCAUGAGGCCACCGAUGCGUUCUAUGUGUUUGGUGGGCACCGAUUCCACGUGGAGUCUGUGACGCCGUCUCCUGAGCUGUACAGCUUAUAUUAUCCUAAUUUGACUUGGAGCUUGCUCGCCCCCUCACAGGGAAGAAAGCCUCUGUCUCACUUUUUCCACGUUACUGCGGUGCUAAAAGACACCAUGAUCGUGGUGGGUGGCCGCACGGAGCAACAGGAGUACAGUAAUGAGGUUCUGUUCUACCAGAUUCACUGCAACGCCUGGAUUAGGAUUAACAGAACCGAUGCAGUUCUGGGCGUCCCGAUGAACCAGUCAAUAGGCCACGCUGUAGCUGUGGUUGGCAGCCGGCUCUACAUCUCUGGCGGGUUUAAUGGCGUAGCCUUGGGGCGCAUGGUAACGCUCUCUGUGCCCUCUGACCCCUGUAUGCUAUUCAGCUCCCCCUCCUCCUGCAAUCAGAGCUCAGGCAGCUGUGUCUGGUGCCAGAACAGCUGUUUAUCUGCAGACAUUGCCGAGAGACGCAGUUGCCCCCAAGCUUUUUUGUCAUGUUUCCCGUUGCCAAGAUCCGCAGAUGAGUGCCGGAGACUGAAGACCUGCAGUGAGUGCCUGGCACAGCACCCUCGCUCACUGAGUGCCCAGCUCGCCACCUCUUCGUUACAGGGUUCCCCCCGCUGCAAGUGGUGCACAAACUGUCCAGAAGGCGCCUGCAUUGGGAGUAACGGAAGCUGCACUUCCGAAAACGACUGUCGCAUUAACCAGCGUGAGAUCUUCCUAGCCAGCAACUGCUCUGAGAUCUCGUGCGAAGCCUCCGAUUGCCACAAGUGCAUUGCGUCGGGAAAGUGCAUGUGGACCCGCCAGUUUAAACGCACAGGAGAGACCCGUCGGAUCCUUAGUGUGCAGCCCACCUAUGACUGGACCUGUUUCAGCCACUCGUUACUCAAUGUCUCGCCAAUGCCAGUGGAGUCUUCGCCACCUCUUCCAUGUCCUACACCUUGUUAUAACCACAGCACGUGCCAUGAGUGUCUCGGCUCCAAGGGAGCAGACGGGGGCUGGCAGCAAUGUGUGUGGAGUGUAGCUCUGAAGCAGUGCAUGAGCCCCACCUUCCUGCCAAUGCAAUGCGCUGCUGGUGCCUGCGGCAGAGUCCUGAGCGGAGCGGAGAGCUGCUCGCCAUCUUGCUCUCAUCAUAAUCAUUGUGCUGCCUGCAUCCAGCACCCCCGCUGUGGCUGGUGUGCCCGCAGAGGAGGCAACGGUGAAGGGAGGUGUCUGGAAGGAGGAAUCAGUGGACCCACUCAAGAGUUCGGAGAGCAGUGCAGUUCCUUAGAGUCUCACUGGGCUUUCAUGUUCUGCCCACCGGAGAAUGAAUGUCUGAACCAGCAUCACGAUUGCAACGAGACGCAGAACUGCAGUGAUCUGCCACACGGAUUCAAGUGCACAUGCAAGAAAGGAUACACACUGCAUAAUGUAACAGGCUUGUGUCACCCUGUUUGUGAACACGGCUGUGUGAACGGGACCUGUGUGGAGCCUAACCGGUGCCGCUGUGACUUUGGCUACGUCGGGGAGAACUGUUCGGUGGCCUGCCGUUGUAAUAAGCACAGCAACUGCGCAGGACUUGGCGCAGAAGACUUGUGUCUCCAGUGCCACAACAACACUAUGGGAGAGCACUGUGAGAAGUGCAAGCCCCUCUUUGUGGGAUCAGCUGUGAAUGGUGGUACCUGCCGGCCCUGCCUGGAUUUCUGCCGCGGAAAUAGUGAAGCAUGUAUGACCAUGGAGGAACACGAGAAGGCCGUGAGGGAGCCUGAGAAGUAUUCACUGAACCCUGAUAAGAUCCCAACCUGGGUGACUCAGGGCCCCUCGGAGGAUACAGCUCUGUGUGUACAUUGCCAGAAUAACAGCCUGGGGGACAAGUGUGAGGGCUGCCUACCUGGAUACUUUCUGCUAGAUAAACGUUGCACCAAAUGUCAAUGCAACGGACAUGCAGAUACAUGCAAUGAGAUCGAUGGGACAAAUUGCCCUUGUAGCAAUAACACAGAGACCCAAAAUUGUCAAAACAGUCCCCAGUCUGACAAGAAGGAGUGCUAUAGAUACCAGUGUGCAAAGUGCAAAGAUUCUUUCCACGGUAACCCGGUGAAUGGUCGGCAGUGUUACCGACUGAUGACCGUGGAGCAGGAGUACUGCUUUGAUCCGACGUCACAGAGUAACUGCUUCCAUGAGCCCAACAUCCAGAACCUGCCUUUUGGGCGAAGUGUCUUCUUUGGGGUUCAGCCGAAGUUCACCAACGUGGACAUCAGAGUCACUGUUGACGUCACAUUCGGUUGUGUGGAUGUGUUUGUUUCCACCUCCCCAGAGACCUUUGCUGUUGAUGUUGACCUGUUAACUGGUGUUCAUUCUGUGGGCAUUUACAGACUGGCAGAACUGGAAGGGCACGGGGGCCCCGAACCGCUCACUGCUGCGUUGCUCAAUCACAGUGUGUUGAAUACCUUCAGUAGAUCCUCUUGGCUUCGCGAGGAACAUCCAAGGGGGUUAAUUACCUAUAUUACAGUUCGCAAUCAACAGACUGUGCUGAUCGUUCGUGGUGUCAGAGACCGUGUGGUCAUAACAUACCCGCAUGAGCUGCAUACGCUGAAAAACAGCCGCUUUUACCUGUUACUAUUGGGCAACUCGGACAGAGGUUCCGGGGAGUCCCAAGGCCUGCUCUUCUUCCGCCAAGACCAAGCGCACAUAGAUCUCUUUGUCUUCUUCUCAGUUUUCUUCAGCUGCUUCUUCCUGUUCCUUUCUGCCUGUGUCUUGCUCUGGAAAGUGAAACAAUGGCUUGAUGUGCGCAGGGAGCAGAGGCGUCACCUCCAGGAGAUGAGUAAAAUGGCUAGUCGGCCCUUUGCUAAAUUGACUGUCUACUUUCAUCCAGAUGUGGAGAUGGUGGGGUGUUUCCCUGGAGGGCCAGUUUUACCAUCAAUUCCUCAUCACCAUCACCACCAUCAUCAUCACCGCUCCAAACCCAGGGUCAAGUCCUACGACCCAUCUGCACCACAGCCUCCCUCGUUAAGGCACUCAGACCCUUUCUUGUCUCAGCUACUGGGGUACACCUAUUCCAGCUUCCGAGUUGGUCCCAUCACGCUAGAGCCCACGGACGAUGGCAUGGCUGGUGUAGUCACCCUGCUUUUGCAACUACCUGGAGGCUCCCAAGCACCCAACAGAGCAUGUUUGGGUUCUGCACUGGUGACUUUGCGCCACAACCUUCAGGAAUACUGUGGCCCCAGCCAUGUUGUCAGCAGUUCAAGAAAAGGACUUCUCAGCCAUGAGAACCUGACGAGCAUGUCCCUUUAAGUGCAGUCUAAGGUGACCGAAUUAAUCUAAGUGGAAACCAUAAAAGACUAACUGUGAAAGAUAAAUCUGCCUUUCUGAAUGGCCAGUAGAGGGCAUCUUUCACCUCGCUGUCCGGAAAGCAUAAGGACUUACGAGAAACUCAUUGACUUCUUGAUUAGGGGACAGCCUCAAAAGAUUAGUGUGGGGAACUUCAGUUAAUGUAUAUAUAUUUUUUUUAAAUGUAUGUGGGAUUAUGUUUGACGGUUUAGUGCAAUGAAAACUUUAUUUAAGUGGGAUGUUGGGUGGUACACAACAAAACACUACUUCAGAGGUCUGUGAUCCACAGUGUCCUAGCUGUUGCUCAUCUAUGACCACAAUGGUUUUGGAACCUGAUAGUGUCAGAGGCUGAUAGGACUGACAUAGGGGUGGACAAAAUAAUGUAGGAAUUAAGAACCAGUCGGUCAUGUCUGGGGGCCAGCAGGGAUAGAUGUGAAUCCAUAGACUUCAAUAGCAAUGGUGCCCACAAGAUGGCCACCAGAUGUAACAUUUUAGGUCCAUUGGCUGCCUGGCACAUGGGUUUUUUCCUGCCAGGGUUUAACUUGGGCUAGUGAGCCAAAGGUUGCCUACCCCCUGUACAAUAUCUGGUCUACGUUAGCAGCCCAUUGUUGUCCUGCAAGAGCACGAAUGUCUUUUAUGUACGGAGCUGGGCAUGGGAGAGCAUAAUAUCAGUGAGAAUUGACUGUUACAGUAUGAUCUGUGGAUAAUAAAUAUAUCCAUAACCUCAGCAGUGGAGCUGAAUGUAAAACGACAUUAAUUUUUAUAUUAAAAAAGAAAAGAACGAAGAA